UCCCCAUUUUUUGACAGCUGCAUCCUUAAAACGAAAACAAGCAAAAGUCGCGCACGCAGGAAAAUUUUCUCCGGUGAAAAUCCGGAUCUGUUUCGGUUCCACCGCGAGUCCCUCACCGCUCGCACCAUGAACAUCUGCCGGGUGUGCAUGGACCAGGACGGGGACGACCUGAUGCCGAUCUUCUCGAAGCUGGAGGACGCGUUUAUUGCGAACAUCAUCGUGGAGUGCACCUCGAUACAGAUUCUGGAGGACGACGGGCUGCCGACGGUGAUUUGCGGGGCGUGCGUGGACGCGCUCAAGUACUUUAUCGGGUUCAUCAAGAAGGCGCGCGAGUCGGACCGGAAGCUGCGGAAGAUUUUCAAGCCGGAGGGGAGGGAGGGUGGGAAGGUGGGUGAGGGGGAUGGGGAUGGCGGGGAGGAUUGGAUGCCGGAGCUGCAGCUGGCGGCGGUUUUCGCGGACGACAUGGUCGAGGUGAAGGCCGAGCUGGACUCGGACGGGGAGCGGUUGACGGCGGAGGUGAUUCAUGAGGAUGAUGGUGGGGGUGGUGGGGAUAGUGAUUGGAAGGAGCAGGAAUCGGAGGAGGAGAAGCCGAAGAGGAGACGGGGUCGGAGGAAGAAGUUGGAAUCGGAGUCGGAGGACGGGAGUUCGGAGGAGGAGGUGGUGGUUAGAAGGGGGAGAAGAGGGAGGAAGAAGUCACGGGCGGAUGAUUUCGAGGAAGAUUCUGGAGGGGAGGACAUCUUGGACGAGAAGGAGUUGGCCAUUUACGAUGUGAUUGAGAAGGGGGAAGAUUCCUGGGUUUGCUGCGCGUGUUAUUUCAUCUUUGACAGUGAGGAGGAGGUCAAGGAGCACGGCGAGAAGGUCCACAGCAAGAAACGGAUCGUAAACUCGAGAAAGACCUUCGUCUGUAAGAUUUGCUUUCGGAGGUAUUCGACGGCGUACGCGCUCCGGAUUCAUCAGCGAAAGACCAAGGAGGCGAAUAAGGUUUACGCCUGUACCAAGUGUUCGGCCAGGUUCGUGGACCAGGACCGAUGGCGUCGUCGUUCGCACGCCCACAAUCAUCCGCGGGAUAAGGAAGCUUCCUCGUCGAAGGUCAUCGUGGCGCAGAUUCCCGAAAGGGUUCACGAAGAGUACGGCCGGAUAUGCUGCGCCCAGGCGUGCUACCAGUCGUUUGCGACGGACGAACUGCUUAUCGCCCACGCCCACACGGCCCACAAGGUCAACAAGGUCGAGCAAUCGCUGGACAACAAGGACAAGCCCGUUGAAUGUCCGGUUUGCUUCAAGCGAUUCAACGACGAAGUUGCACUGUCCAGGCAUCAAACGCGCAACUACAAACCGCUCAGCCAUCAAUGUUCCGUCUGCGGGUUGAAGGUCCGGGGCGGGGAGGCCCUCAUCACUCACGAACGGUCCCACCGGAACGAGAAACCCUUCGAGUGUGUCGAGUGCCGCAAGAACUUUUCCAGCAAGGGCAGCUUGAAGGCGCACAUGAUGGUCCACAGCGGGGAAAAACCAUUUGUCUGCUCCAUCUGCGGGUGGGGCUUCCGCCGGAAACGGAACCUGCAGGUGCACGUGCUGUCCCACUCGGACAACCAGCCGUUCCAGUGCGAAGUUUGCCAGAAGUCGUUCAAGGCGAAGGUUCAUCUCCAGUAUCAUAUGCGGACGCACACGGGUGAAAAGCCCUACCCUUGUCGCUACUGUGAAAAGGCAUUUGCGGAUCAUACCAAUCGACAGCGCCACGAAAUGUCCCACACCGGAAUCAAACCGUACAAAUGCAGCUACUGCGACAAAACGUUCAUCCGGAAGCGCUUCCAGGUCGACCACGAGAGCUCCCACACUGGCGUCAAGCCGUACCGCUGCGAGAUGUGCAACCGGACGUUCAGCCAAAAGUCCGCCCUCCGCCGUCACCUCGAUUCGCACCCGUUGGCGCCGGAGAAUGCCGUCGCGUUGGCCGCACCCUCGCCGAUGGCACCGCUGUCCCACCAUGGUUCCAUGUCCUCGCCACCGCCACCUCUAAUCAUGGGCGAGCCGGGACCCAGCAGUGCUGCGAUGGACUACUUUCAGCAUCCGCGCAAUUUGAGCAUCAACAUGCACCACGUGUUUGCUUACACCAAGCGUGUAACUUGGAACUGUCAACGGUUUCCAAAACAAAACACAAGUGUUCAAAAUUCUGCAGAUCUGAAAAAAAUGGAUCAACCCGGCGGUCCGCGACGUCCCAAGAUGUGCCGCGUUUGCCGUGCUCCGGACAACGACGAUCUCAUCACGGUGCAGCUGGUGCAGGAAGGCGUCUCCGUCGCCACCAUGUUUCUCGAGCUGACGGGAAUUCAGGUCACAGCGGACCGUAACCUACCCCAGAACGUGUGUCUCGCGUGUUUGGAGCGACUUCGCAGCGCACACCUGCUACGCCGCCAAUGUCUCGAAUCGGACCAGUUGCUGCGGGCUGAACUUCCGGUUCCCGCUACGAAGGAGGUUGAGGUUGAAACUGUGCCGAAGGUGUCGACACCACCACCUCAGUUAGACGCACCCACGGGGAUGUUCAAGCUGGAAAUCGAAACGCUCGAGAUUGAGUCGGAACCGGAAGAGGUUGUGGAGGAGGAGGAAAACGAGUUGAAGUUCAUCGUCGAGAGUGUGGACGAAGUGGAAGAGGAGGACGACCAAACGAUUGACAUUUUAACGGCGGAGGAGCAACCGGACGGGCAGGUCAAGCAAUCGGAUGUGAUGUAUUUGAACAGCUACGACGAGUCGGAUUACGAGAUUGUCUACCAGGGGGAACACUACGACCGGAUCAAGUUCAUCGUGGCGCGAUGCUGCGGUUGUUCGAGGCGGUUUCCAAACAAAACGGAACUGCUUGAGCAUGGUCAGGCGGUGCACAAGGCGCACAAUCAGAAGCCAGCGAAGCGAAACUUUCCCCACGAGUGUCCGGUUUGCUUCCGGCAGUUUACGAGCAAGCGUGCGGUUGGGGAUCAUCGCGACCAGAUCGACACGGACUGGUUCCACUGUCGGGAGUGUGACCUGCUGGUGCACAGCCAGCGACAAAUCGUGGGUCAUUUGGAGCGGGUUCAUGGCAUUACGGAGCUGGAGGGUGAGAGUGAAGAAGAUGGAGACGAGAAGGACGGUGCGGCGUUGACGCUGGCAGCGUUCGACCCGAGUCAGUACGAGCUGACGCGCACCGAGUUCGGGUUCGAUCUUGUGGAGUUUACCUGUUGGCGGUGCUGCGGAUGUUUGGCAAGUUUUGAGCUGCGGGAGGAUUUCGAGCAGCACUCGCGCGAGCAGCAUCUGCCGGAGCGAAGGGAGGAUGACGGAGAUCGGCCGUACGAGUGCAACAUUUGCUUUAGGAGGUUCGAGAAACGGGCGUCGUUGAUGAUUCACAAAAAUGGGCCGAAGAAGCGGCGCGUGGUUUGUCGGAUUUGCGAGGGGAUCUUCCGGGGGGAGACGACCUACCGGAAGCAUGCGAUGAAGGAGCACGGGAUGGUGAACGAUGGUGAAGACGUCGGAGAUGUCAGCAUGCAGGACGUGGAGUUUAUCGAGGAACCGCUGGAAGAGGAGGGUCAGGUUCAGGAGAUUAGCGAUGGCGAGGAGGAUGAUGAUGAUGAGGACGACGAAGAUCGGGAAGUGACGGGCAAGUACAGCAAGUACAACUCGAGCAAGCAGCGCAAGGAGAUGGGACGGGUGCCGUGGAAUCUGCUACGGACGGUUGAGGAGCUGGACGGGUACAACGUGGUGGAGAUCUUGAAGGAGCGUUGCUGCAACUGUUUGCAGUUUUUCGAUUCGGUUGAGGAACUUCACGAGCACACGCAAGUCCACCGGCAGGAAGCCCUAGCGGAAGCAGCUUGUUCCAGCAAACCGAUCAAGUACCAGUGCGAGUUCUGCUUGAAGAGCUUCGACCUGGCCCUGGUCUACGUGGUUCACAAGCGGAUUCGCGAACAGCGCCAGUUCUUCCAGUGUCGGUUGUGUGAUUUCGUGAUUGAUUCCGAGUCCCGGCUGAAGAACCACAUGCUGCACAACGAUCAGCACGCCAAGUUCUUCAACCUGAUCCGGGAGGACGUCAGCGAUCGGUACUACGCGGCCAGUCUGCCAGGCACGCGAUGUUGCGGCUGUGGUCAGUACUUUGACGGCGAGGACGCGCUGGAGGAACAUUCCCGGGCGAUGCACCCGAAAGAUCCGGCCAAGGAGAGUACGAAGCGAACGCAUAGUUGUAGGAUUUGCGGCAAGCGUUGUUAUAACCGCUCAGACGUGCUGAUUCACCAGAAAAAGAACGGAUCAACGAUGCGGUACUACUGUAAGCUGUGCGACUUUGAAACGGCCAACGAACCUCGGAUGUUGAAGCACCUAUACAGUUCGAUCCACAACGAAGCGUUCCCAGCGAUUGAGGUGAAGAAGAUCGAGAUUGGCUACAAAAAGGCCGGAGUUAUUCGGUACUGCUGCUUCGAAGGGUGUCAUCUCCCGUUCCACGACCACCAGAAGUUGUUUGACCACGUUGACGAGCUUCAUCUAGCGCAAAAGGUUCGCAACUUGGACGCGGUUGAUCAGCAAACCGGGAACCGACUACAGUGCGACUGUUGCCACCUGCACUUUCGAACGCUAACCCUGCUCAAGCAGCACCAAAGUGGCCACCAGCGACCGCUCAAAAGUUACGUCUGUUCCGUUUGUGGCCUCGCCAAACCAAGCAAAGCCGCCCUCGCCACCCACGAACUCCGUCACACCGGCGCGCGUCCCUACCCGUGCACCGUCUGCGACAAACGCUUCUCCUCGACGACCAUCCUGAACUCGCACAUGAAGUGCCACGCCCCGAAGCAGUACCAGUGUAUCGAAUGCGGAGAAAAGUUUGCCCGCAGCGAGAACCUCAAGCGCCACAUCCGGCACCGGCACGCCGAAGCCACCUUCUGCUGCAGCUACUGUCCGCACAAGUCCAAGACCCGCGAAGCGCUGAACCAGCACGAGCGUUCGCACACCAAAGAGAAACCCUUCGAGUGCCGCUCCGAGGGCUGUCAAAAGCGGUACGCCAGCAUCUGUGACCGGAGACGGCACGAAAUGGCCAGCCACACUGGCGAGAGACCCCACCAGUGUGACCACUGCACGGCUUCCUUUGUCCGCAAACGGCAACUUACGAUUCACGUUCGAAAGCACACCGGAGAGCGGCCCUUUGUGUGCUUAAAGUGUGGCAAAGGCUUCAUCGAUUCGGCACUGCUGAAGAAACACACCUGCUAGGGGGGACACUUCACACAGACGGUCUUGUUUAGAUUGAAGUAUCUUUUGCAUAUGCAGGGACAUUUCACACAGAC